CCACAGGUUCUGACGGAAAGUUGAGAGAAAGUUUUUAUUUUAGUUUCAAUUUGUUUGGGAAAUGAGAUGGCUUGAAGGCUUCCGGGUGGCGAGGAAGCCUCGGUGGAGGGGAAAACAAGCCAAAGAGAGAUGGCAGUCAAUAAAUCUGACCUGUGCGACAGCCUGAUCAUUUGGCUGCAGACGUUCCAUGUCUCGGCACCCUGUGAAAAUGUCCAGGAUUUGAUCAGGAACAGCGCCAUGGCUCAGGUCCUGAACCAAGUAGACUCCUCCUGGUUUGAUGACUCAUGGUUAAGCCGCAUUAAAGACGAUGUGGGAGACAAUUCCAGGUUGAAGAUGAGCAACCUGAAGAAGAUUCUCCAGAUGGUUCUGGAUUAUUACCAGGAGGUUCUGAGCCUCCAGAUCACGGACUUUCCCCUCCCGGAUCUGAACACCCUGGUCGAGCAAUCAGACCCACUGGAGCUGGGCCGGUUACUGCAACUGAUCCUGGGUUGUGCUGUGAACUGCGAGAGGAAACAGGAGCAUAUCGAGACGAUAAUGACCCUGGAAGAAUCUGUACAGCAUAAUGUGAUGACAGCCAUUCAAGAGCUCAUGAGCAAAGAAUUGACAGUCGCGAUUGGAACUGAAGUGUCUGCGGACUCAGAACAACAGCUUCGAAGAGCACUUGAUGAUCUCAGUGAGGCUGUGAGGGAGAAGGACGAGCUGACUCAGCGAUGUAAUGAACUAGAUAUUCAGGUAUCUAGCCUCCAAGAGGAGAGAAACAGCCUACUGCUUGAGAAUGAUCUGAUGACUGAGAGAAUAAACCAACUGGAUUCAUUCGAAGAUCCCAGCAGCCUUGUCGGCAGGAAGUAUUUUGGUUUCCAACAUCAGCUCGAUCAGUUGCAAGAAGAAAAUUACAGACUUGAAGCUGCGAAAGAUGAUUAUCGUCUUCACUGUGAGGAGUUGGAGAGGCAGCUGAUUGAGGUCCAACACCGGAACGAUGAGCUGAACAGCUUGGCCGAAGAGAAUCGUGCUCUCAAGGACGAGGUUGAUGUGCUGAGGAAUUCCUCAGACAAAGCAGCUAAACUGGAGGCCACGCUGGAGGCCCACAAGAAGAAGGUGGACGACCUAAAUGACUUACGCCGACAGAUGACUUUGCUGGAGGACAAGAACACGGUUUACCUGCAGAGCAUGGUCAGCCUGGAGGAGGAGCUUCGGAAAACCACCAACGCACGCGUUCAGCUGGAGACCUAUAAAAGACAAGUGCAGGAGCUUCACAGCGACUUGUCUAAAGAGGUGAGACGAGCAGACAAAUUGGACUUUGAGCUGAAGCAGCUGGAGGAAAAGCAAGAGACCCUCCUGAAGGAGAAAGAGCGGGUAAUAAUAGAACGUGACACUUUGAGAGAGACCAACGAGGAACUCAAAUGCACACAAGUGCAACAAGACCACUUGUUGCAAUCAGGCAAAUUUUCUUUGGAUUCCCAGGAACACUUUGCUGAUGAAUUGCUUCCUAUAGAGUCCAGUGAGAAGUUCAUUCGGCUGCAGCAUGAGAACAAGAUGCUCCGCCUGCAGCAGGAGGGGUCCGAAAACGAGCGCAUCUCAUCCCUGCAGAAGCUGCUGGACGAAGCGAACCGGAGGAAGAACGAGCUGGAGACAGAGAACCGACUUGAAACCCAGCGUGGCCACGAGCUACAGCAUCAGAUCGAUGACCUCCAGAAGACUCUACAGGAGCAAGGGUCCAAGGUGGAAGAAUCAAGUGGACUGAAGAAGAAACUGGAUGCACAUGUGGAGAAGCUUCAUGAGACACAAGAUGAUUUACAGAAAAAGAAGGAACUCAUUCAAGACUUACAAUCAGAAAUGAGCCGGAAUUCACCAAAGAUUGACGAGUUGGAACGAGCACUGUCAAAGAAGGAUGAAGACAUGAGGGUGAUGGAGGAAAGAUAUAAACUGUACCUGGAGAAAGUGCGUAACGUGAUUAAAGCUCUGGAUCCAAAGCAGAACCCAAUGACGGCAGAGAUGCAGACCCUGAAAAUCUAUAUUCUUGAGCGAGACAAGAGAAUACUACAGCUGGAGCGUGAAUGUGAGCAAGCAAAGCUUCGAGGAUAUGAGGAGGAGCUGAUAGUCACAGCCUGGUAUAACAAGAGCCUGGCAUUUCAGAGGAUAGCGACAGAAGCCCGAUUGGGAGGCUGUGGAGCCACUCGGUCAUUUCUGGCACAGCAACGUCAAGUCACCAACUCACGGAGAACUCUUACAUCCCCCUUGCCCAACACAGCCUCCAACUAGGGUCUCGAUGUGUGGAGAUGUCCUUGUUCUUUCUCUCUCUCUCUCUCUCUCUGUCUCGUACAACCAAGUGUUGAGAUGACUUCAAAAAUAGAAGACAAAAGAACAUAAGAAGCACGAAAGUUCAUCCGCGCGACACAUUUUACCUUAAAAGUGUAAGACUCAGUGGAAUUUUUCAUUCCAGUCACGAUUUGAAAGCCGCGUUUUCCUAAAGGACAAUGACAACUUGCAUUUAUACAGCGCCCUUCACAUGGGGUAGCGUCUCGGAGAGCAUAAAAAGAAACCAGCUUCCAAAUUAAAGACUGAAUUUAAGAAUUUUACCCCAUUUUUGCAACCGAGACGUUAAAUCCUGAAAGCAAAUGGUCUUAGAGACACAGGCUGAGACUGGGUGAAAUUGCGGAACCUCCAGUGUUUUAAAAUAUUGUAAUUUUGACUGCGUAAUUUCUAUUCUAUAUUUUAUUGAACUCUAAGCUUGCCUGAACCUCUUCCUGAAUGACUGACUUUUACUGUAGAGUCAUUAUUUGGGGAUAGCACAGGAUGGUAGGGGCAAAGAACUAGGAAUAUAUCAAAUGAUUCUAUAUAUGUCGUAUUUUAAAUUUAACUGGAAAGUUGAUUGGCUUUUCUGCUUUGACGUCAAUUACUUUCUCUUGCGCUACUUAAUUAAGAUUUUUUAAAAAAAAACAGGUUUAUAAUCAACCUCCAUUACCCUUUGGGAUACCAGACUUAACCGUGUUUAGUUCAGCAGGUUUGUAAAUGUAAGCGUUUGUAAACAAAACAAUGUCAUGUGUAACUGUGUGAGGCAUUUGAGUUCUUCAAAUAUUCCAUCAGGUCAGUAGUUGGAUUCUUAUUUUCAUUUUCUGUGAUAAUAAUCCCUGCAAAAAAAAAUAAAAAAUAAUAUUUUGUCAUUC